CGAUGCUGUUAGGCGCUUCAGUUGUGUGUUAGAAUCUGCCUCGCUCUAACGCUGCCCUCCGCACCCGCGAUUAGUGUGAAUCUGUCGAUCGAUUCAGUGUGAUUCCGACGGGAAAAAAGUGAAACAAUCACCAUGGCAAAGCUAGUGUUGAUCGUCCUGGCCCUGUGUGCCGUUCAGGGAAGCUUCGCGAUGGUUCGCCGGGAUGCCCCGGCUCCGCCGGCCGAGGAGCCCAACUUCUUCCAGUCGAUCAUGAGCAUCAAGGACAAGAUCGAGGGCGUGUUCCAGGAGACGCAACAGAACGUGCUCAAGUCGCUCGGCUUCCAGUCGAACGAGGAGGUGGUGCAGACGAUCCAGACCAACACCAACCAGUACGUCGAGCGGCUCCGGUCGGUGCAGGGCGUGAUCGAGGAGGAGGUGAAGAAGAACUCGGACAUCUUCGAGCCGAUCCUGAAGGACCUGAACACCAAGCUGGCCCAGACGACGGCCACCCUGUCCGAGCAGAACCCGGAGGUGGUGCAGAAGGCGAAGGAGUACCAGGCCCAGGUCCAGAGCAACGUGCAGGCCCUGGUGGCCGAGGCCCAGAAGACGGUCGAGAAGCUGAAGGAGGACACGCGCGUGCCGACCGAGAACAUCCAGGACGCGCUCAAGAAGCUGUACGACUACACGUUCGAGACGUUGACCAAGACGGCCAACGAGCUGAAGCCAAAGAACUAAGGGCCGCCACUCACUCGCUGACCCCGAUGGGGGGUUUGGGCGGACGCGGCGAAAGGUACAAAUUUGUUAAAAUAAAAAUACGUUAAAAAAACAACAA